AGCCAGUGGCACCCUCGAACGGGAGGGGAUCCCAAAAGAUUUUGGGGAUUUUUGGAUCUCAAAAAGAGACCCCAAAAGGGGAUCGUCUUCCCACCUACCUGCUGGAAAAAAAAAAAUCCCCAAAAAAGCCCCGAAAAGGCAGGAAUCUCAGGACUGUUGGGGAGCAGAGGACAGCGUCUCUGCUUUCCCGCGUGCCCCCCAGUGCCCAGGUCCGGUCCCCGGGCUGGAGAAACCGGACACCGCCGGAGUGACCCCGCGCUCCCGGCCGAGCGCCGCCCCCGGGGCCGGGUGCCAGGCGCUGCCCUUCCCGCCGCGCUGAAACCCUUCCCGACCCGCAGGAGAGAGGCCAUGGCAGCCGUGUUCCUGCCCGGGAACCUGCAGGACGAAGCCACUUGCUCCGUGUGCCUGGAGUUCUUCAAGGACCCCGUGUCCAUCGAGUGCGGGCACAACUUCUGCCGGGCGUGCAUCGUCAAGAGCUGGAAGGACCUGGAGAUGGAUUUCCCGUGCCCGCAGUGCCGGGAGGUUUUCCAGCACAGAAGUUUCCGCCCCAACCGGCAGCUGGCGAACAUGUCCGAGAUCAUCAGCCAGUUCGCGCUGCGCGGGGCCAAGGGCGCCGAGGAGGACGGGCUGUGCCCCAAGCACCGCGAGGCGCUCAAGCUCUACUGCAAGGACGACCGCAGGACCAUCUGCGUGGUGUGCGACAGGUCCCGCGAGCACCGCCCGCACGCCGUGGUGCCCGUGGAUGAGGCUGCCGAGGAGUACAAGGAGAAAAUCCAGGCGCGCUUGGAUUUGCUGAGGAAGGAGCGGCAGGAGCUGCUGGAGUUCAAGGUGAACGACGACAAGAAAACGCAGGAGCUGCUGAAAACCCUGGAGAGCGAGCGGCAGAAGCUGCUCUCGGACUUCGAGCGGCUGCGGCAGUUCCUGCACGACCAGGAGCACAUCCUGCUGGGGCAGCUGGAGAAGAUGGAGAAGAGCAUCUCCAGGAGGCAGAACGAGAACAUCACCGACCUCUCCAGGGAGAUCACGCUCCUCAACAAGCUCAUCGCCGAGCUGGAGGAGAAAAUCCAGCAGCCCCUGCUGGAGUUCCUCAAGGAUGUGACGGGCAUCAUCAGCAGGAGCGACGCGCUGAAGUGCCAGAAGCCCGUCCCCGUCUGCUCCGAGAUGAAGAUGCACGUCUGCAACUUCUCCCUCAAAACCCUGGCGCUGGAGAAGGUCUUGAAGAAAUUCCGAGAAAACCUGCAGGACGAGCUGGGAAGAGGCGAAAAAGCAGAGGACCUGACCCUGGACCCCGACUCCGCCAACCACCUGCUGAUCCUCUCCGCCGACCUCAAGAGCGUCCGCAUGGGCUGCAGGAAGCAGGAGCUGCCCGACAACCCCAAGCGCUUCGACACCAACUCGCGGGUCCUGGCCAGCACCGGCUUCAAGUCGGGGCGGCACUACUGGGAGGUGGAGGUGGGGCCCUCGGACGGCUGGGCCUUCGGCGUGGCCAGGGAGUCCGUCCGCAGGAAGGGGCUGACGCAGUUCUCCCCCGAGGAGGGCAUCUGGGCCGUGCAGCAGAACGGCGGCCGCUACUGGGCCGUGACGUCGCCGCAGCGCACGCCGCUGUGCCUGGGCCGCAAGCUCAGCAGGGUCCGCGUCUGCCUGGACUACGAGGGCCAGGAGGUCUCCUUCUACGACGCUGAGAACAUGCAGCACAUCUUCACCUUCAACGUGGCCUUCCAGGAGAAGGUGUUCCCCCUGUUCUCGGUCUGUUCCACGGUCACCUACAUCAAGCUGUGCCCCUGAGGCGCGCGCCGGGGCCGGGACGGGUCUCUUCCUGCUCGUGCCCAUCUCCAGACGGAGAACAAGCAUCUCCAGAGCCCCUUUUCCCACUGAUUUCUGCCCCACUUGGGUGCCCAGGAGCCCUGGAGCAGCACCACUCCCAGCCCUCCCUCCCGGGCUCCUGGGUGAGACCAAAGACUCAAAUCAGGCCGCUCGGGGGGGAUGUGGGCUGGGGGGUGGCUGGGGAGGUGGCCAGCAGAGUCACACGCAGGGUUUUCAGGGCAGCUGGGAGCAGACAGGCGUCCAGCCCUGCCCAGAAAUUGUGGGGCCAGCUUGAAGGAAGGUUGUGGUCACCAGCUUGGAGGCUGAGGUCACCAGCUCAAAGAUUAUGGCCACCAACUCAAGGACUGUGGUCACCAACUCAAGGACUGUGGCCACCAACUCAAGGACUGUGGCCACCAACUCAAAGAUUAUGGCCACCAACUCAAGGACUGUGGCCACCAACUCAAGGACUGUGGCCACCAACUCAAGGACUGUGGCCACCAGCUUGAACCCACCCAUGGGAGGGGUGACAGGCUCAGCCAGUCAUUGAGAAGAACCUUCCAGAAGGCAUUUGUGGCGCCGGGUCUGACCGCAGAUGGGGUUUAAGAUCUGGGGGAGGCUUUGGAGCAGCUCCUCCACCCCUUUGGAAGUGCCAGUUUUAGCCUUUUUUUCCUGGUUUUAGCUUUUUUCCUGGCUGGGAAAUGGAAUAUUUGUGGGAAAGGUGGGGCUGAGCAGGAAUCUGUGGACAGCCAUCCACAGCAAAGCUCUGUUUGUCCACAGAGAACAAACCAGACAGAAAUUUCCUGGUUCCUUCUCCCACCUGGGGGAAUAACUUUCCCCCCAAAGCUGAGUUUGGGGUGUGGAGAGAGUGUCUGAGCUCCCCCGGGUGACCACUGCCCCCCAGUGUGGAGGAGCCUGGGUGGCUCUGGCUGCUCUCUCUGGUUCUCCACCCACAGCUCCUCUGGAGGACUCUGCAGAAGGUUAAAAGGUGCUUUUUUGGGUUUUUUUUAGUGAUGUUUGUCCUGCUGGACCUGAGCAAGACCCUCAUUUGUCACGGGUGCUCCCGUGCUGAGGCUGUUCCGUGGACAGGAUGUUCACCAGGUAUCCCUCGUGGAUCUCACGCUCCGCGUGGAUUUAGGUGCUGAAUCUUGCCUUCCCUCAGGCUCCCAGCAAAACCACCUGUCCACCCUCAUCUCUUUGGGUUGUUUUCCCUGGAAAUCCUUGGUCUCUGCCAAGAAGCCGAUGCUGAGCUCGCAUUUGCUUCAUCCCCUCUGGUUUUGCCAAAAAAAAAAAAAAAAGAAAGAAAAAAAAAGCAGCUUUAAAAAAUAAUCAGCGUCUUAUUGCCUGAAGUGCUGGUAAAGGGAGGUUCUGGGGUUGGUCAAAUUUGGGGCCUUUUCCGCAAAACACAUAAAUCCUUUUGGAAAUGACACAAAUCCUUUUGGAAAUUGCAUAAAUCCUUUUGGAAAUGACAUAAAUCCUUCUGGAAAUGACAUAAAUCCUUCUGGAAAUGACAUAAAUCCUUUUGGAAAUGACAUAAAUCCUUCUGGAAAUUACAUAAAUCCUUUUGGAAAUGACAUAAAUCCUUUUGGAAAUGACAUAAAUCCUUCUGGAAAUGACAUAAAUCCUUUUAGAAAUGACAAAAAUCCUUCUGGAAAUGACAUAAAUCCUUCUGGAAAUUACCUGGGGCAAAGUGGGGUUAGCUUUAUUUGAUCCAGAACAACAUUUCCUGGGUGGUUGGAGAUGGGAAAAAGCAGAAACACCCAAAUUUUCAGCUGUUGGGUUGGUUCCUACCCUGAGAUUCAAAUUUCUGUUGCCGAAAUCCUGUUUGACUUGGUUUGGAACCACCUGGGUUGUUCUUAGCCCAAAUAAAACAUAAAGGUGCUACCUGGGCUCGUCCUCACACAUAUACAUAAUAUUUAUGGAUUUAAAAUGCAUUUGUAUAACUAUGUAUCAUUAUAUAGAUGUGUUUUUAUGUGUUGGGGUGAAGGCAUAUAUAAAAAUUACAAAUAAUAGAAUACAAUACAAUAUAAAUAAUAGAAUGGAAUUAA